AUGUCAACCGCAGCACAGUUAUUUGUUAAAACAUUAGACGGUAAAACAAGAGUAAUAUUUGCCGAAUUUACUAUGACAGUUGACGAAUUCAAAUUGUUAAUUCAGAAAGAGAUGGGCACACCACCGGAACAUCAACGAUUAAUUUUUGCUGGCAAACAACUUGAAGAUGGACGACGUACCUUGUAUGAAUAUAAUAUACAAAAUGAAUCGACCUUAAAUAUGGUAUUAAGGAAGGGCUUUUUGUACGAGGAAAUGUCGAAUAUAAAACUUGACAAAUAUGAAAAUAAUAUUUGGCUUGGCGUUGACGGUAGAAAUCUUCAACAAGUUCGGGCACAAAAUUAA